GUUUAUACCAGGCUCCGUGGGCAAGCUAUACCAGAGUCGAACAUUUCAAAUCGGUGGCUUCCCUACUAUUCUUUAAACUCACCUUCCCGGCCUCGCCAUGCGCUCAUUCACAUCUUUUCCUCGAGGCCUCCGUGCCAUCCAAAGCUCUCUUCCCCGAACAGUCAUCUCGCGCCCUACAUCCAGACCUUUCUCGCAACUGAUCAACCGCCCCACCCGAUCAUCUCCCGCACUUUCCUGGGCUUCGGCCAGAAUCACCGUACCGGCAUCUACAUUCCGUCACAACUCUAGUUCCGCAAAGCCUCUCACGGAUCAGGCCGCGGACGCCGCCAGAGAUGCGGAGAACGAAGAACAGAACAGAAAACGCCGGGAACAAGAACCAGCCUACCAAAUCACCUUCACAUGCAAGCCGUGCGGCGAGCGUUCGUCCCACCGUAUGUCCAAGCAGGGUUAUCACCGCGGGACGGUCGUGAUCCGUUGUCCGUCCUGUAAGAAUCGGCACAUCAUCAGCGACCACCUCAAUAUUUUCUACGACAAGAAGACGACAUUGGAGGAUAUCUUGGCUGAGCAGGGAAACAAACUGAAGCGGGGGUAUGUGGAAGGAGAUAUGGAGUUCUGGGAUGAUGGAUCGGUGACCCCGAAGGAGGGUGAGGAGGCGAAGUCCGACCAGGGACAGUUGCCUUAAUCUACUCGUCGCGUUUCGACGCGGGGUUCUAAUGGAUAAUGAAAAGAGGUCUGGCUAUCGAGUGAAUAUCUGCAUUUGGAGAGUUGCGCUACAAAAAGUCUGCAUAGAGUUGCUGAUUUAGAAACACAUGGGUAUACAGGCGUUGUUGGUUGUCCGAUUUAGAUACCUCUGUGACAUUAUAUACACUCUGCUCUUGCGACCUGUACUAAUAUUAUAACUUGGAUGGAUAUAUUUUGUACUAUUAACAGCAAAUAAUCUAUUCCGUUACCCUCCGCUCAA